UAGCGCCCUUCCCUCACAGAGGCGCCGUGACUGGCAACCUGGAUUCGCCUUGUGGGGGCGGCGCAUGCGUGCGGCGAACGUUCCCUUCCCCGCUGCCCUCCUCCCAUCGCCUCUGUCCCCUUCUGUCAGUUGGCUGUCACCCGCCGCAGGAGCAGGAGCCGGGCCGGCUGGGCUCCCCGCUUUCCCGGCCCCCCGCCCACUAACCACCGUUACCACUGGCCUCGGUCAAGAGCUUCCUUCCCCGUCGCCCCCUCCGUCCUCUUUCUGUCGCCCUCCGCCAAUGCCAUGGACUCGCCCCCGAUGCUGCACCCGGUGAAGCUCUACGUUUACGACCUGUCCAAGGGCAUGGCUCGACGCCUCAGCCCCAUCAUGCUCGGUGAGAGGAGCCCCGGGGGGGGGGAUGGAGAGACGACCCCGUCCGUCGCCUCUGUUUCUGUCAGAUGAUGCCUGGGGUGGGGGGAGAGGAAGCCUUUGCCUUCGUAUUAUUGGGGAAGGGGGUGGCUCAAAUGGGAGGGGGGAGGGGACGGGCAGGGGUCCUACAGCCGGGGAGUGGGGAGGAAGUUGAUGUGGGUCUUGAUCCUUAACCGCCGUCUGUGUUAUGUAUAUUAACGGGCGCCGUCCUCCUCCUCCCCCGCCCCCCGCACACAUAGGUUACGUAAGAGGCUUCUUCGGGGCUUGGAGGGUGACCCGAAGGAACAGGGAAAGUGGUAAUUUUACCUGUUCGCAAUCCGAACAACUUUCUCUGUUUUCUCGUCCCAAAGGGGAGGUAGAGGGCUGGAUGCACAACUCAAAGGUGGAGGGUAGACAGGGGUUACGUUAAGGAACAGCAGCAACUAUACCCUUUCAACGUAUCAGGGAUGAUAUGCUGUACAGGAUCUGCACUCACUUCCAGCGUACACUCCCCCCCCCCCCCCAGUAGUACGAAUCACACUUGUCCGUGUGCGGUAGUGGAGACAAAGUCUGCCCUGCCUCUAGGCUUAAGAAUUGGUAUACGGUAUUUGUUUCCCCAACAUAGUAACUGUCUGAAUAUUCAUUAGGUCCAUAAGCAUGGAAACCUUUUGUUGCAGAAGUACUAUCCAUGCACAUUUUUGUCUUAAUUCAUGGAGGAGAAAGCUAGCAGAGGAAGUAAGGACUAUUCUUAGUAUUGCACAGAACAGUUAGGAGUUUGUGUCUGGAUGAAAGGGCUGCUGGUCUAAAUCAUUUACUUCCUGGUAUUAAGUAGUUCUAGAUGCUUAGUCAUAACAGAUCUAACAAGCCUAGAGUACUUUAACUACUUUGCUAUAAGUAAUGCUUUUUAUGUAGUUUAACUAAGAAAAGAAUAUAGGAGCAAAGCAUUGGACUGCGUUAUAUAGUGUUUGAGAAUAUACUUCUUUUAUCACAUUCUUAGCUCUCCCUUCUAUUUUUUCCUUAAAUUUCUAUCUCUGAAAGUUGUCCAGGGCACCAAACACCAAAGCAGUAAAACAAUACAGUUAAAAAUAAACUAAAAACAUAUUUAAAACACUUAGAAACAUGUAAAGCAUACCUACACGGUUAGUAAUUGCAAAGUUACAAAGAACAGUAUUUUUAAGCCAUCAAAUGCCUGAGUAAACAGGAAUGGUUUUAAAGUCCUCCUGAAUGUUAGCAGUGAGGGAAUCAGGCAAAACACAUCAGGGAGGGCAUUUCAUAAAGGGGAAACAGCCACCCAAAAGGCUGUGUCAUGGGUCAUUCCCAACAAGGCAGCACCAUCUUCAAGGGCAGCCCCACAUUGCAGGAAGUCAGCAGAGCAUGGACAACUGAAUCCAGGCUAUCCAGGAACAGCCAUAACUUGUGAACCAACUGGGCAUAUGCAUUCAUAGACAAAGAAGCCACUUGAGACUCCAGUGACAAGUUAAGAGUCCAGGAGUGCUCCCAGGCUAUGAACCUGUGCCUUCAGGGAGAGUGCAACCCCUCACAGAACAAGUUGUCCACCUAGUUUUUGGAGACAGAAACCGCUCACCCCACAGCACCUCCAUCUUAUCAUGAUUCAGCCUCGGUUUAUUGACCCCCAACACUACCCAGACACAAGUGUCCAACAUUUCUAGAGAGAAUUCCUGGACACUUUCAGGAACAACCUGAAGAAUAUCACACAACCCUGAAAGUAGAGUAUGAUUGCUUUUUGAUAUUAAAGUAGGGGUAUGCAAAGUUACCAGAAAUUACUCCUUCAGACAUGUGCCUGUAUGCAGAGGAAGGCUCGCAUACAAAAAGCAACAUACGUAUUUUAUACUUUUCUGAACAUAACAUUGUUCUGCAGUUCCAUUACGAAAUUUAUAUUUCACUGCAAAAGUUCUGUUCGACAAUAGGUCUGUCAUGAGUUAUGAGAGACAGGGGAGUUAAAGGACAACAUUACAGAGAUAGAAGCUUUUCAUUUAUACAUACAGACUAGAAGUUUAGAAUAAUAGUUUACAUCCUAAAAUGAGUUAACUUAAUGAAGCUCAUUGAAGGAAAUCUCUACAUCUGAGUUUGCACUGUCACUAUGAGCAAGGAAAGUUUCACAACAGAUUUAGCCUGCAUGGAAUAUAAGUACCUCCCACACUGAACUCUAUUCUACUUAAGGCUGGGCUUUUGCUUUUAUACUGCAGACUUAGGCAAGUUAUUCUGCAUUCUUUCCCAAGAAACAGGGGAAGUAUAUUUGUAUGUGAUAAAUACACUAAUUCCUUUUUCCAAUAAAUCUAGAUUAAAAGGAGCCACUAGGUAACUGAAUGAGAACUGAUUCACACAGAUAAGUGAUUCCAAUUUAAUUUAUACUGGUUUCAGCUAUCUCUGUCUCUACCAUCAAGCCAGUACAAGUAUCCUAAAUCUAAAUCUGCAGCCUCAUGUGUGUUGACACUUACUAUGAAGUGCACAGGCACAGGACUGAAGCCUCAGCAAUAUGUAGGGAAUUGGGCAGGGGGGAAUAUUACUAGGAUUUUCCCAGGUUAGAAUUUUUAAAAAAUGUACUUUCACUGUUAUAUUCAAACCUGAUGUAUUUUGAAGGUUAAUAUUAAAGAUAGAGAAACUCCAAACUGCAUGGUCAGAAGUGAAUACAAAAAAGAGAGGAAUAAAUACUUUGUCGACUUACAUGAUUUGUACUAUAAGAAAGGUUAACAUUUACAAUAAAUCAUCAUGAUAGAGUUUUACACAUUAUACUUCACAGCCUACCCAGGUCCCACCCAUAAUUUCUCUAGUAAUUGUCAUUCUAAAUGGAAGUGAGAAGAACCGCCUUUCAGAAGUUUACAAAAAGUUGCUCUGCCUGGUUAUCUGGACAUUCAUAUGCACUGCAGGCCAGUAACUGUUUGCAAGCCUGGCAAAUCUGUAGUCCAAUACAUUAGUUAUAGGACCUUUUGCAGCUCUUCUGAGCUGUUUGUAAAGUAAAACAUGUUGCUUUCAAAAAUUAGCACUUUGUCCUAUUCAGAAAGUCUGAAUUCUUCCCCUGUAAUCAUAAAACCCAGGGAUUACGGCACAAACUAUUCCUAAUUCCAUCAAAUACCAACUUUAGGGUGGGAGAGAACACUACAGUAUUUUUCCUGCUUUUUCUUUUAGAAAGGCACUGUUAUGAGUUUACGUGUAAGUGUAUUCUAGGGAAAUGUGAAUUGAUAGCCAUGGAAGGCGAGUAACAGAUUGCAGCAUGCAAACUGAGUUGCUGAUGGUGCUUUUCUUUUUAUAUGCAGGUAAGCAGUUGGAUGGCAUUUGGUGAGUAGCUAGACUUAACAUUAAUUGAUGUUUUCAUAGCAUAAAACAUUUCCACAAUUAUGUACUUCACAAACUUAUUUCAUGAGUGUUCGGGAAAGUAGCAACACCAAAUUAGGCCGUGUUAUUAGGUGCUUUGCAUGGUCCUUUCAAUGCUGGAUGGUGGUGCCUCACUUUUUGGAGUAAGGGCUCAUUCACAUGCUUUCUAGGCAUUUUUAUUAGAGACUCAUUAAUUAUUUUCACAAUUUGUAAGGACAGAAAAUGCUGUCUGAAAUUAGGUAAGGAUCUGUUUUUUUGUUUUUCAGUAGUCUUCCUAAACAGAUUGAUAUAGGACUAUAUGAGGCUAGAGGCUGCAGGUAACUUUUAGUCUUGGUUAUGUUUAAUCUCUGGUGUAUCUCACUACAUAAAUGUUUCUACCUGUCUUGUUUGCCACCCCCUUCAGGCACACUUCCAUAGUUGUUCACAGGGAUGAGUUCUUCUAUGGUAGUGGUGGGAUCGCCAGUUGUCCACCUGUAAGUCUUGGAACUUCUUUUCUAUACCUACUUUUUCCUCUCUUAUUUUUCCCAUAUAUUUUUUUGGUUGAUCUGUUUCUGUAUCCCAUUCAGAAAAAUAGCAAGUAACUGGAAUAUUUAGUGCAUUAUGACCAGCUUUCGAACAUCCAGUACAUCAUGCUCUAAAGCAAGGGUGGGGAAGCUCUAGCUCACAGGCUCCUCAGUUGGCCUGAGAUGCGAUUUCAGCCAAGACACACCCACUUGCCAAACACCUGGUCAUAUAGGCCGUCAGGUGUUGGGUAGGUAAAGAUGGGGCUUCAACAAAAGGGACUAGCAGGCACUGCUGAACAACCUUUUUCACAGCGCUUCCCAGGCGUCCAACAGUCAGUUGAUUGGCAGAACUUCAGAAAUGCGGUUCAAGGUACUUUGCAAGCCCAGUACUUAGCACAUGGAAAUCACUCCACAAGGGGCAGCACAAGCUUCCUUUGGAAAGAAAAAAUAAAUGCGCCAUUUUUAAAAGGAGCAUUUAUUUUAUUUCCAAAGGAAGUUGUAUUCAAAGCACUUCAAACAGCCUUCGCUGCAGAGGAGAUGGUCCAGUUUUAGGAACAUUUCCCUCUCUGCAGAGACUUCAAAGGGACUCCCUCUAAUCAAAAAUCAGCUGACUGUUAGUUAGAAGGAGCUUAUUUCAAGGGGCUCCCAGUGCCAAUCAUUGGCACUGAAGGGAUAUAUUGAAAAGAGGCUGUUUUAACCGUUGAUCAGCUAAUCAUUUUUUACAGCAACUUUUUAAACUUUGACCUGUGUCAGUCACCUGAAGUCUUUAUUAUGUCAGGUGAUUGACAGGUAGAUGUCCCAACCCACCUAUUAAAGUUGGUCCAUGAUUGGGGGAAGAUAAGUAUCUAGGCCAUUAGCAGGAUCCAGUUCCCUACCCCCGCUCUAAACCAUUUAUUCAAUCAAACUUGGUGUAAUUUUAAUGUAUAGUAAAACUGAAAUGCUUUCCUUGCAUAGCUGAUACUGAGGUCCUAAAUUCCCCUUAAUCCACAAUUUUUAAAGCUGAUUUGUAGGCAACAGAGUAGGAAUCAAAUUUGGUUUAUCUUUUUCCUUCUGUUCACCACCUCCAAACUGAGUAUGUACAAGAGUCCUUCUGGAACUUGACUGCUAUAAGCUCUUACUAGUGUUUUGGGAAAUAUGGUAAUUGAUGUAAGCAAUUGGGGGGGAAAUGCAGAAAUAUUUCAGCAUUAUAUAUUCCCCAUAGGAGGCUGGUAAAUUGUUCUUGGUGUCUGAAUAUCUUCCUGCAUAUGCACUUCACAGGGUGGGACUCUGCUUGGGCCCCCAGACUCUAUUGUAGACCUGGGAUGCUCAGAAGUUUCAGAAGAGCUGUUCUUGGAAUACUUGUCCUCAUUGGGUGAAUCUAUAUUCCGGUGAGAGAAUUCUGCUUUGUUUCUAUUCUAAUAUUCUGGUGACUGCAUGUAAUUCCUGUUGAUAGGGAUGCCUAUGCCCCUUCCUGCCAAGCUGCUUCACUAUUGAGUUAUGGUUAGUUUAAUAUAGAAUUGUGUCAUAAUCUUAGAAUGGUAAGUGAGUUCUAAAUAGUUUCUGUACUUCAAUACACAACUGAGAUGCACUUCAAUACACAACUGCACGUAGAUUGAAGUCCCAACACUCUUUGUGUAUUAAAACGUGAUUUGGAGGAGAAAGGAUUUUUAGUGGAGAAGCAGUUGGGGGAUGGAAUGCUUAACUCAUUUCCUGCUUGUAGCCUUUCCAUUCCAGAUUCCCAAAUAGGCAAAUAUACAUUUGGAAGCAAAUGAAGAGAGGCCAAUUUCAUGUGAAGUUGCAAGCAGAAACAAGUUAAAUAUCACCUUUAGCUUUUCCAUUUGACAUUCCCCCUGCAUAGCUGCUCUUAACACAGGUCUGAGUGUUAUGGGGUGAAUUAGCUUUACACACACACACACAUAUUCCUGUAAUCCCUCUGAAAAAGGUCAGUCUUGCUAUAUUCAUUCAUUAUUAUUUUUUCUGAACUUCUUUUUCUUGGGGUCACAGAGGAGAGGCUUAUAACCUUUUUGACCAUAACUGCAAUACAUUCAGCAAUGAAGUGGCACAAUUCUUGACAGGGAGGAAGAUCCCUUCCUACAUCACUGACCUUCCAUCUGAAGUUCUUGCAACGUAAGUAGAGUCCUCUUUUUUAUUACAUCCAUAUUAUUGAUGCCAAAUUUAACAGCCAUGGCUUUUCAGGAAUACUGAGGACAUGGCACAGAUUUUACUAACUUGGAAUACAGAUAUACCUUUCAGAAUGACUUGCAACCAAAUGACACUAAGAUCUAAACUAUGAUAAACACCCUUUUCCAAAAAAGCAGUCUGCAGCUGAUAGCAGUUAUUUUGAAAACAAAGCAACUGCAGGGCCCCAUUCCAGAACAUGUUCCCGAUCAAUAUUGGGGGUCUGUGUUGGUUUCCUCCAUGGCUUCUAUUUGCCCCUGGAGGUGAUGUUUGCAAUAAACAGCACUUUCAGGGACGGUUAUUUGUCACAGGAAACCAGGGCAGGGCCCUAAUCUGUUUGAGGUCCUUGUGGCUGCUUUUUCAUCAAAAUAAAAGUGGCUGGUUUAAGCAUGCUUCUAAAAAGCAUGCUUAUUGUAACAUGUUGUUUAAGCCUAAAAGAGGUACUGUUUCAUCUCAGUUAAUGUAAUUCUCUAAAGAGCCAUCACAACUUUUAGGACUUUGGCUACUUUAUAAAACAAACAAGUUGUGGGGGCAGGUGGCAGAGAAACAGUAGUAGGAGAUCUUACCAAAGUUAUUUUUGAAGUGACUUACUCAAAACGCUGUGGAAACAUAGCAGUGGCUGGAGAUGAACCUUGGACUUCUUUGGACAUGAAACUUGUUGGAACAUGUGGUUGUUAGUUGCAUUAGUUAAGAGUAUUGUCAGUUUUCAGUCCUGUCUAUCUUUGGGCUGGACUAGCUCACAAGCAUUACAAGCAUUGCAUUGCUUUGAAAAGUACAUCUGUAGAGGGUUCAGUGGGUUACGCACCCUGUUAUGUGUCUAAAAAAAGGUAAAGGGACCCCUGACCAUUAGGUCCAGUCAUGACCGACUCUGGGGUUGCGGCGCUCAUCUCGCUUUAUUGGCCGAGGGAGCCGGCGUACAGCUUCCGGGUCAUGUGGCCAGCAUGACUAAGCCGCUUCUGGCGAACCAGAGCAGUGCACGGAAACGCCGUUUACCUUCCCGCUGGAGCGGUACUUAUUUAUCUACUUGCACUUUGACGUGCUUUUGAACUGCUAGGUUGGCAGGAGCAGGGACUGAGCAACGGGAGCUCACCUCAUCGUCGGGAUUCAAACCACCAACCUUCUGAUCGGCAAGUCCUAGGCUCUGUGGUUUAACCCACAGCGCCACCCGCGUCCCCGUUAUGUAUCUAGGCUCAUCUAAAACAUAGCCAUGGAAAGUAGAUGCAGCAUGCAGUUUGAAACAAAUAUUCCCCAAUAUGGGAGAAUGCUGGAACACAAUUCUCAGCAUAUUACAUUGCCAGCUGUGGCCUAAAUGGAGAGGUGCAACACCCCAUACCUGUUGCAGUGGAGACUGGGGCAUAACUUUAGGCUCACAGGUACCUGACACCACAGCAACAUGCAGCUUAUGUUCUAUGCUCCAGCAGCCAAUACUACACUGCAAGCAACCCUGGGGCUCUGUAGUUUGGGAUGGCAACAUGUUUUUGAGUAAUGCACACCAACCCAGACAUUUAUGCCGCUACAACCAAGAGACACAGAUGGUCCACCCCCAGCCCUAAAGGUGGACUUGACAAAGAAUUGCUUCUGUGCCACUGUACUUCUAGGUGUUACAAGUGAGGCCUGUGCUGAUCUCCUUUACACUCCAUCUGUUUUGCCGAUGGAUGAAAUAGUGGCAUGGGCUCGGCUCAGCUCAUGUAUCAUUUUAUAGGAACAUCCUUAGUAGUUUGCCUUCAUUCUUCUCAAUAAGUAGCAUGUUUUUAAUUUUAGUUGAGAACCUAUUUGUGUUCAGAGUGCUUGGAAAACUUAAAUUCUCUUUUCCCCAACCAUCCCUUAUGUCUUUCUUGUGGCUUCAGACCUUUUGGACAAGCUCUACGGCCUCUCCUCGACUCUAUUCAGAUCCAGCCACCUGGAGGAAAUAAUUUCAGCAGGCAUAAUGGACAGAGCUAGCAUACCUGGUGGAAAGUGCCUCAAUUCACCACGGCAUUUACUUUUUAAACUCCAGUGUACCAGAUUCCUAUCUUAUCAUUCAUGCCAGCAUUAACAGCAAGAUGGUGCGCCAGACUUUCCAGGGAGAGCAUUUACUGGAUUGCAUGUGAUACAAUGCUACCGGGAAAAAAUGGUCAUAAAGUCAAAUAGCAUAUUUACUUACUAAAUUUGUUUUUGUCUUGGUUAUGUUUGGGUGCUUUUGAAAUAUCCCUUGCUGAGAAAGUGGAGAUUAGGAAACCCAUUGCACAACUUAAGUAAUGCGAGUGGCACCGAGUAUGCUAGUCUAAGCCAUUCCUUCCAAGACUUGCUUAUUUUCAUUACCCUUGUUACAGUGUAUUUCUGGCAGAAAUAACCCAAAAGGUGUGAGUCUUGCAACACUGAAGUUCCUAAUACUAACUCAUUGCUAAGCUUGAAUGUUCUUUUAAUUCUUUUGUAGGAGGGGAUAAGCUAAAAACAGUCAUUGUAAACUAAUUUCUGUCUUAAUUUGAUAAUAUAGGUUAGUUCCUUUAUGGCAGUAAUCUCUACGGUAAACUACUGAAUGGAUUUCUAAUUCUGGGUAGGAGUGACUGCAAGACAUUCAAGUCUUGCAAUACCUAAACUUGACUGGAGACUGUGUAUGUUCUUUCCACUGUCAGGUGAGAUCAUUUUUAGCCCUAUGUGAAGAAAAAUGUGUUAGAAUUGGGAUCUCACCUCCUCAGCAGUCUGCCCAUGUUAAACAGAAAAGUCUGUUUGAUUACAUACCUUCCAUCACAAUUAUUUCUUUAAGGUAAGACAUAGGCUGUUAAUUGCUAAAUAAUAGCUGCUCUGGAAUGAAGUCCAAAACCAGUAUUAUCACCCACUAUUUAAGGAAGAGAGAGCUUGGUUCUCAAACUAGACAUGUCUUAAGAACAUGAUUGAAAAAUAUUUGCUUGGACUGACCAUGUCAUGUUUGUUCAGUGGUUAGGAACUUUUCCCACACCAUGGUCUCAAUCUGGAUCAGGAGCCCCUGCAGCUGCUUUUGCAAACAAAGAGACACAGUCAGUCUAAGUACAUUUCUGAACCAUCUGCUUAAAAGUCACAUAUAGUCCAAAACAUCAUGUCUUCCAGAUUUUUUGAAGAUUAUAUUUGGAGGGUCAUCUAUUCAGGAACGGAAGCAAAAGGAUCAUUCUUUCCCCUCCUUUUCUCUUCCCUCUCAAGAGCAUUUUCAAGGAAGCAUUAUGGAACAAUAGCUGCUACCAUUUGAAAAUGCCCUGUCUGCCUAAUAAAGGCCUUCCCCAAAUUCAGCAUGAUCAAUUCAUUAUUGAAUACCAAUUAACUCUGAAAGGGCUAUAUCCUUUCUUUUUUUAACAAUAGGCUGAUCCCCCCCAUAAAUUAAUGCUCCUGAAAGAUGCACAGUGGAAAGCUAUAAUUUUCUGUUCAUACAUGGCAGGAACAGGGGGACUCUCUUAAUACUCAGUCAUAAUAUUCACAUGUACCCUAAAAUACAGCAGUAUUCAAUAAUUUGUUAAUCUAAAAUACAACCCUAAACAAGCAGCUAGAUUACCAUUUGGGAAGAUGGUGUGUAUGCCUUUAGGUUGAGGCAGCAGGAAAGGCUACUCUCUUGCCCCAUGCCACCACCAUUCAUCUCUUCUCUGGUAUGAAAUUCUUCCAAUGGCAGGCAGUAAAGGAAGGGAUGAAGAGAGUGGUGAAGGAAUUGGGUAACCUCCUCUGCUGCUUCAGAACCUUUGGACAAGAUCUCCAGAUUGCCACCUGGCAACCUCAUGUUUUCUGCUGGUAGCAUUUAAAACCUGUUUUGAUGGCCAUUUCUAUGUGUGAAGUAGGGUAGCAGUAAAUUUGGUCCUGAAUGUUCUUUCAAUAGAUCAUCUUCUGCUUGUAAAAACACACUUGUCUCCCCUCAUUUAUUGCAGUGGAUAGGGGUUUGUGGUAGGAGAGAAAAACAGCAAGUCUAGUAACCAUUAAAAAACCAUCCUGCUGAAGGUUGCCAGAGCACUGAACAGUCUAUACUUAAGUUUUUUUCUUCCAUUUCUACAACCACAACCAAACCUUAUUUAUUUCCUACUUGAGUCCAUAGAGUUCAAUGGAACAUACUUUGUAGUAAGCAUGUUUUAGGUUUUCACCUUGAGAAAUGUCAGCAGUUUGUUUUUACCUUUGUGUAUCAUAAGCAUUCCUUCUAUUCUAUUCCUUCCUACAUGCCUUUCUCCAGCUGACUGGUGCAUCUGGCCAGAUGGAGAAGUGGAAUAAGUCCUGGAACUUACUUGACCACCCUUCCAAGCACUUUCCUUCCCAUAAUUUCAGGAAUGUGCAGUGUGAUCUGGUGUAUGUUUACUCAGAAGUAAGUCCCACUGAUUUCAAUGGGCCUUACUCCCAAGCAAGUACAUAUAGGAUUGCAGCUUUGGACAUCUUCACUGGGACUGAAAGUAGUUGAUGCCUUUUGCAUUAUGGAACCUAAUUUGUCCCCCGCUGCUGUUUCCAGUAAAGAGAUGAGCCUGUUUCUGUUCUGUAAUGUGUGUGGGCUCUUUCUUCACUUGUGUGCAAUAAUGAUUAGAGCCUCUGCAUCUAGAGAAGUUCUAGAAUAAGCUGCAUUUUAGGACAUAAAUUACCCAGUUGUAUCUUCUACCCCCUACCAGUUAACAUGGCUGAGUAUGGAUAUUCCAUAGUCAAGGGCUUGUUUUAAAAUGAUUAGACAGGACAGCCAUGUUCACACGCAGCAUUCCACUCAGUCCCAUGUAUUUAUAAAAAAUGAAACAUGUAUAUGUGUGUAAAUGGAUAGAUACACUUGUAGCCUAAACUGGCUGACAGUGGGCAGGGGAACCUGAAUCCGCUCUUGUAUAAGAGCAGAGUCUUGGUCCAAGUGAUGGAUCUGUCAUUUCUGGGGAUUCCGUUUUGCCAUUUUAUAAAAUAAAGCCUUUGCCAGAAAUGA